AUGAUCGACUCACUCCCAGUCCUGCCUCCUCCUCCUCCCUCCCCUUUCCCCCCCCCCCCCCCCCCCCCCCCCCCCUCCCCCCCCCCCCCGCGGCGGCUUCGACCUCUCCCCGGGCCGCCUCCUCCUCCCCCCCCCCCUUUCCCCCCCCCCCCAGUCAUCUCGCACACCAUGCGCCAAACCCUCCGCCGGUCUUGUGCUGCGUGUGCAAAGUCUAAACACAGCUGCGACCUCCGCACGCCACGGUGUUCCCGCUGCAUCAAGCGCAAGGUCCUGUGCGCCUAUGCCAACGAACCCUUGACGGCAUUGACGGCAGCGACGGCAGCUCCCGGGCCGGCGCCCGGGGGUGGUGGCGGCGCAACAUCAUCGCCGGCCCCUCCGCUGGACGGAUUGGGUGCUUUGACAAAAUACAGAUUCGGAUCUCUUGAUCCCUUUGACUCGUAUCCUCAGACCAGACUUCCACGGGAGCAAGUACAACGUCUCAUUCACAGCUUUCUCCACAAGAUCGCGUUCGAAUAUUACCCGCUAGAUCUGAACGCGACGUCCAAUCCAUUUCUUGUCUCCUGGUGGCCGCUGGCUCUAGGUGAUCCAGCUUUAUUCCACGUCUCUCUGCAGACAGCAUGUCUUGACGAAGAGUUAUUAGCGCAGAAGGGAUUCCAAUCAUCCGAGAUCCUCAUGGCCGAUUCCGUCGCUCUACUUCGCCGCAAGGUCCAAGAUGACUCGUUAGCUAUUCAAGACGGGACCAUGAAUUCUGUCAUCACUUUGGCAGCAAUCGAGUUUGGCAAAGGCAACAAUCGAGUUAGCGAAAUGCACGUAAAUGGAGUAAAGAGACUUGUUAAUAUGAGGGGAGGCAUCAAUUCAGUACGACAGACUAGUCCCCUUACUGCAAGGAUGGUCAGCUGGUACGUUGAAAUUGCCAUGUCGGCACGUCCAAGAUCUCGUGUUAACCGACUCCGAAGGGUGUCGAUGAUUGUUACCGGUCUGCCUCAGUUCGAGACGCAGAACGACGCAGGUAUUGGCGACGGCGUGCCUGCUCCUCCAGAAUGGCAAAUGGACCCCACCGUUUUCGACAAUGAAUUGUCCCAACUUAAUGCUGUUGAGAUAGAUAACGAGGUCAAAAACGUACUGACAAGGCUUGGAAGUAUUUUCUGGCGAGCAAAGAGAGUACCACUCCAGCCAACGCGACUACAUGAUCUUGCUUGUUUCGUCAUACACCGACUCUUGCUCUCAGCGCCGGGCACAACAGAACCUCAUUCGCCAACCAGUGAAAGCAUCCGACUCGGUAUCAUACUCUACAUGUUCAUCAUUCAAGGACCGACAUAUUACUCCCAUGCUGUCAUUUUCAAUACGACCGUCAAUCGACUCAUGGAGAAUCUCAAGGAGCUUGAGCCAUACGCUCACUCCCGCAACACCCUCUACAUUUGGUUCCUGACCGUAGGCAUGGUUGCCUCGCACGGAACAGAGCACUACAGCUGGUUGACUGACAGGGCGAGAACCAUCAUGUCAUUGACGCCAGUAGAAAGCUGGGAUGGUGUGCUUCAGCACGUCAAGAGCGUUCUCUGGCUAGAAACAUUACACGGUGAAGAUAUUUUCCGACCACAUUGGGAUGUCAUUUUGGCGGCCGAAAUACCGCGAAGCCAGCCGAACUUGAGACUGAGCCAACCACCCUGA